AUGGAUACAGUUUCAACAACUGCAAAUAAUGUUUCUGCUCAAAUCAGUGCCAUUCCCAUGCUGAAUGGUAUAAACUUUAAGGUCUGGACAGAGAAUGUGGAAAUCGUUCUCGGCUGCAUGGGUUUAGACCUUGCGUUAAGGACGGAGCGACCCAUCCCGACCGAGGACAAUUCCAAUGAGGCCAAAGUUGAGAAAUGGGAUCGCUCUAAUCGCAUGAGUCUGAUGAUUAUAAAACAUUCCAUACCGGAAGCGUUUCGGGGCUCUAUUUCUGAGAGCAAUAAUGCUAAGGAAUCCCUUGUGGCAAUACGACAGUAUUUCACCAAAAAUGAGAAAGCGGAAACUAGCAACCUUUUAGCUACUCUAAUUUCUAUGAGGUACAAGGGAAAAGGAAAUAUAAGGUAG